AUGGAUACUCAAAAAUUACACGAGGAAGGCCUCAAGGAGGUCCAGCCCAAGCUCGUUGGACCCGAAAACUACUCGCUCUGGAAAAACAACCUCUUCAUGGACCUCCACUACGCUUACCCUUACUUGUGGAAGUUGGUCAGUGAAGGCGACGAGAAGGUCAAGCUGGAGGUUCAGGAUUUCGACAAAAUCAAAAAGGAGGCCGAUGACGUGCUCAGCGAGAGAAUCAAGAACGGAAUCGACGAAUCGCUCAAGGGCAAGAAGCCAUUCGACAAGACCAUCACCACCGACAACUUCAGCCAAUUGGACGAGGAGUUCGACGACAGCACCCCUGAAAACAGAGCCAAGGCGUUGAUCUACUGGUUUUCCGGUAUGACAGGCCAGACCAGAAAGGUGGAAUCCCAAGCACAGGACACAACGCUGAAGUGGGUGUUGCUCGUGGACGACUUUGAGGAGCUCCUCUUGAAUGUCUACUUCCACUACGAGAUUUCUUUCGAGGAUUUUGUGAAAAUGUUGAUCCAAGGCCUGAAGCUCCAUGCGCAACAUAAAGAGGCAACCUUCAUCUCCCAGGCUGUGGUUAUCGCAUACGAAGAGAACCACACACUAAAGAAGAGAACGACACCUAUAAAAGCUGUACGCUGGGUCGCUUGUACCACGCCGUUUGGCGAGGCCGGUGGAGCGGUGGAGUUCAUGUCUCAUAGCAGGAUGCUGUUUGAAGAAAACGCCGUUGAAAAUUUGGGGAACUACGAGCAGAAAAUGCCCUACAGACUCAAGUUCAACGACGAAGGCUUGUAA